AUGGCCGGCAUCGAGAGGCUCGAAGUCCACAGCAAGUCGUACAUUGUGCGCUGGGUCCGCGCCGACGCUGGAACUACUCUCUCAUGGAGUGUUCAACCUCAUAAGAAGUCCAUCUACUUUGGCAUCUUCAGACAUCCCGGCUCCGGAGCCACGACCCUCACCUCUUCCUCUGCCGAAGGUGGCUCGCUACCUCCCGAACUUGACGAAGGCAAAGCAAACAAGAGCAACAAGAAAGACACGGCCCAAGAGAUUCUUGCGAGCAAGGGCUUCAUACAGGUCAAAUGGAUCGGCAAAUGCGAGGCCGACAAGGUCUCCAUAGGCACGCACGAUGUCCUUGAUGGGCAGGGCGGCAUGUACGGCCUCGUUUUUGACAACACUUUUUCCAAGCAAACCUCCAAGACGGCCACAUUUGUUGUCCUAACAUAUCCCACCGGCGCACCUCCCCAGGGCACGACUACCAUCCCGAAUUUGCAGGUCCCAAAGGCCAGAGAUAGCCAUUCGAGUCUCGGCAAAAGCGGCGCCUUUUCACAAGACGCAGACGCCGGUGCGUCAACCGACAGCAUCCACAGUCCUGAUGCGACCGGUCGCGCCAGAUCCGCUUCCAACAGAACCGACGGCUACGCUGCGUCAUACCACGUCGGCACCCUCUCCAAGAGAAGAAGAAAGAAGGGUCAGGGCUAUGCGCGUCGCUUCUUCUCGCUCGACUAUUCCACCUACACCCUCUCAUACUACUACAACCGCAAUUCCUCUGCUCUUCGCGGUGCCAUCCCGCUUAGUCUCGCAGCUAUUGCCGCAGACGAGAGACGUCGCGAGAUUAGUAUCGACUCUGGCGCCGAGGUUUGGCAUCUGAGAGCUCCCAAUGCCAAAGAGUUCCAGGAAUGGGCUCGCGCGCUGGAAAAGGCGAGUCGUGCUGCCCGUGGCCUUGAAAGCGAAACGUCACAGACAUCUGCCAAGUCCAAAGCCCCCAGGGCACGCACUACCUCUGGCCGACAACGGGCCCCUGAUCAAGAAGAGGAAGCCGAGUGGCAUGAGGUCGAGACACUCGUAAGUCGUGUCGUGGGAACUCGAGAUGCGCUGCGCCGCCUCACCAAGGAGGUUGCCGCACUCCCCAAGCCUGGUGUAAGCCCUGCUGCGCUCUCCCCCAACGCCGCAUCGAUCGGUGAGGAUGGCGAGAGCUACUUCGCGGCAGCUGAGAAAAAGUCAUUCUGGCGCCGCAAAUCCAGCGCACCUGGAAUGUCGCCUGCCCUGCAACAAGCCACGGCUUCCGCUUUGGCUGUCCCGAUGCCAGGCAGUGCGACCACCCUCGAUGCGAACGGGUCCAAAGCGGGCAAGAGAAGGUCCAAGAGCGCUGUCCAAGAGGAAAAGAGCCUUCAUAGUCACUGCGAAUCUCUUCUGGCUGACUUGGACUCGGUCGUUGCAGAGUUUACGAGCUUGAUUGGCACCAACAAGAGAAGGCGUAUGGCUACGGCCCCGCCUAUCCAGGCCACGUCCAGAUUGAGCAUGGAAAGCACUGCCUCUACAGUUGACGAGUUCUUCGAUGCCGAGGAUGCCAGGUCGAGAGUACUCAAGAUCAACGAAAGCGACGAGGAAUCGGCUGCCGAGUCCGAGGAAGACGAAGAUGAUGGCUCGUCCGUCUCUUCUAUGGAGGCUGAGGAGGCCAUUGGUCCCGACGGCGCGAAUCAUCUCUACCCCAUCAAGUCAAAGACGCUUGCGCCGCUACCCAUUACUUCAAAAGUCAAUCGUCGACAAACUAUCCCUCCCGCGACUGUACUACCGCCAAGCUUAAUUGCCUUUGUAAGGAAAAAUGUCGGCAAGGAUCUCAGCACCAUUAGUAUGCCCGUGUCUGCGAACGAGCCGCUCUCCUUGUUGCAGAAGCUAUCGGAACAACUUGAAUACGCAGAGCUGCUGGACAAGGCUUCUAAGAUUACGGCCCCGGCUGAGCGUCUAAUCUACGUCGCUGCUUUCGCCGUUUCCCAGUUCAGCAGUGGUCGGGCCAAGGAGCGCGCUAUUCGAAAGCCGUUUAACCCGCUUCUUGGUGAGACCUUUGAACUUAUCCGUGGCGACGCUGAGACGCCUGGUGGCUUCAGGCUUCUGGUCGAAAAGGUGCAGCACCGCCCCGUUAAGCUGGCCAUUCACGCCGAAUCAGCCCAGUGGUCGCUUGCUCAAAGCGCUGCACCUGGACAGAAGUUCUGGGGCAAGAGCGCAGAAAUCACUACCGACGGCCGCGUACGCGUGGUGCUACAUCUCGCUGACGGCAAGGACGAGCUCUACUCUUGGAACAUUGCCAACAUGUUUUUGCGCAACGUUGUCAUGGGCGAGAAAUAUGUAGAGCCUGUCGGCACAAUGACUGUGACCAACGACACAACAAGCCACAAAGCGAGCAUCGAGUUCCGCAGCAAGGGCAUGUUUGGCGGACGUUCCGAGGACGUGCACGUGGAGAUCCUGAACCCCGACGGCAGCGACGCCGGCGCGGGCAUGGCCGGCACAUGGACCACUGGCCUGCACAAGUCUGGCAAGGGUAAGCACAGCGCCGGCGGCGACGAGGUGUGGCACGUUGGCGACCUGGUGGAGAAUGCGGCACAGACAUACGGCCUGACGCGCUUCGCCGCGACGCUCAACGAGGUUACCGAGAUUGAGGACGGCAAGUUGGCGCCCACCGACAGCCGCCUGCGGCCGGACCAGCGUAUGGCCGAGGAGGGCGCGCUCGACGACGCCGAGACGUGGAAGCAGAAGCUCGAGGAGGAGCAGCGCGUGCGCCGUCGCCAGCUCGAGGACAGCGGCGAGGCGUACGCCCCGCGCUGGUUUGUCAGGGUGGACGAGGACUGCACCGAUGGAGAGGAGUGCUGGCGCAUCAGGACGGGCAAGGACGGCUACUGGGAGGAGAGAGCCAAGGGCGCCUGGACUGGCGUUACGGAGAUUUUCAAGGUAUAA